CUUCCGAAUAGAAUAAGGCAUAAAUCAUACCAAGUCAUGAGGCCGGUUUCUCCAUUGCCAAUAUAGAUAGAGAUAGACAGAUGAAACAAACUCCAUUCUCCAAGAAACAAACAGAUUGAUGAGAGAGAAAUGAGAGAGAAAGAAAGAAGAUUAACAAUUCAAUCGAAGAGAUGAUAACCAUAUUGUAAAAACAAGAUUUCAUCAUAUUCAUCCGAUCUCCGGUCGAUUAUUGAUCAUCAUCGCCGCCGCCCUCUUCACCGGAGCUCAUGCCACGACCCAGAACCACGGCGACGGCAAAGGUGGCGGCGGCGGCGGAGGGAGCCACGAUCGGACCACCCAGAAACCCCGACGAAGAGCCCAAGUACCGAGGCGUGCGAAAGCGGCCGUGGGGCCGAUUCGCCGCCGAGAUCAGAGACCCCUGGAAGAAAACCCGAGUCUGGCUCGGCACCUUCGACUCCGCGGACGCCGCCGCACGCGCCUACGACGCCGCCGCUAGGUCUCUCCGCGGCCCCAAGGCCAAGACCAAUUUUCCAUUACUACCCUUUUCAAUCCCUAAUACACCCAACCCAAACCCUAAUAACGGUAAUCAUCUUCAGGACGAUGAUGGAUUUCAACAAUUUCAUUCGAGACCCACCACGAGCAGCCUGAGCAGCACCUUGGAGUCCUCCAGUGGGCCCAGACCGUCGAAUCCGCCGCCGAAGUUCAGAAUCCGGCAUCGGCAGAAGCCACAACCGAUUCCGCCGGAGGAUUGCCGCAGUGACUGCGAUUCGUCGUCUUCGGUGGUCGACGAUUGCGACGGCGAUGCAACGGCGUCGUUUAAUAAGCCACCAUUGCCGUUCGACCUUAAUCUGCCGCCCCCGAUGGAAGACAUCGACUUUGAUAGUGUUGAUUAUUUCCACGCCACCGCGUUGUGCCUUUGAUGACAACGAUGAAGGAUUAACUGGUUUGUUUCUUUUUCUUUGCAUUUUCUUUCUUUCUUUUCUUUUUUUUUUUUUUUUUUUUUUUUUUCUCGGGAAAAUAUGAAGGAAAAAUUAUCACUUUGUGGUUAGAGGGGAAACUGGUUUCAAUUUUCUUUGUUCUUUGUUAGAUUUUCAAAUGUAGAUUAGCUUAUGUGGUUGUUAUUGUAUUUGGGUUUUCUUCAAUUUUAUGGAUUUGAAUCACAGAACAUUGUAAUCUGUAUCUCAACAUCGUCUUCUUGAUCUGAUCUGAAGUCUCUUUCUUGUGUAUAUAAUUUAAUAAAAAAUUUAUUGUGUUA